UGGAUCAUCUCAACAAUGUGACCAGCACGAUUAUUUAGUCCUAAAGAGUUUGUGGAGUUUACUGUUGGUUAUUUAUAGGUUCUGCACUACUGAAAUAAUUGUAUGCAUGUAGCAUCCAAUGGGUGCUACGACAGUCCAGUGCAGUCUAUAUUCAAUCAGACAUGAAUUAUACCCUCUACUGCUUUCUGAACUUAAUGAAGGGAGGACAACAAGAGGAGACAGCAGGGGACAAAUUCAUCCACAACAGAGCUCUCCAAUACAAGGGACACUAUCAGUACAUUUAACACUUUCAAAAAUAGACUGAAAGAAAGAAAGAAAGAAAGAAAGAAAGAAAGAAAGAAAGAAAGAAAGAAAGAAAGAAAGAAAGAAAGAAAGAAAGAAAAAGAAAGGAGCUCAGAUGUAUGGUAGUGUGUAGGUGUGAAACUGCCUGGCGCACAUCAAUGACAAUCUCUGUAUUUCGACCAUUUAACACGAAUACACUCGGGGGGAAAGACUGCGUUUGGUGGCCAUGUCGUUAAAGUAGAGUGUAUUCGUCUAAAUAUAUCAGGAUAACACAAAAAUCCGCGUUAAAAAGGCAAUAUUGAGUUAUUAUUUGCGCGCCUCGUGUAUGUUUGGAUGCCCGCGAAAACUCUCCCGCGCAAAUGAAUACAUAAAUCUAGACUUGCGCUUUAACGCUUUAUCUGACCAAAUCUACACUCGUAAGCCAUGGCUCUACGGCCAACUCUCAUCUUCAUUCUCUCUCUGAUUGGCUGCUGCGCGCUUGAGGACCAACCCAAAGUCACGGCCCCGCCUCCUUCUCGAGGGUGUGGCACUGCAGUGGACCCGCCCUACAGAGUUCUGUGUGACCUGGAGUCAGUUUGGGGUGUAGUUUUAGAAGCUAUAGCGUGCGGUGGAACCGUAUCGGCAUUAAUUUUAAUAGUGAUUCUCCUAGCCAAACUAAAAACGGUAACAGAGCCGGAAAAGCGAUGCGGCAUCGGCCCCCUCCUCCUCCUAUUGGCCGGAAUGGUGGGUCUUUUCAGCCUAUCGCUGGUCUUCCUGGUGGGGCGUGGCGAGGUGCUCUGUGUGGUUCGUCGUGGGCUCUGGGGGGCGCUGUUUGCGCUGUGUUUCUCGUGUUUGUUGGUGCAGGGGGUGCGAUUGAAGAAGCUAGUCGCGGGAAGGCGGAGCCCAGCCGGAAGCUCUCUCGCUGUGGUGGUGUUUGCACUAACCGCAGUCCAGGGUGUCAUCGCUGGAGAGUGGCUAUUGCUUUCGGUGGCCCGCGAGGGACAUGAAGCAUGCGAUUACCUGCCUUUAGACUUUGUAUUAGUGUGUAUCUAUGCUCUAGCAUUGUUGCUGGCGGCUACUGUGUUGUCAUUGGGCGUCGUGCUAUGUGGAGGUGGCAACAGGGAGGAGUCGAACCGGAAAAGAAUGAAAUGGAGAUGUAAUGCCGUUUGGCUCUUUCUCGCGUGUCUUUCGUCUCUUCUCCUCUGGGUCGCCUGGCUAGUGCUCUAUCUCUACGGCAGCACCACCAUUGUGACCGUGGCGAAGAACUGGGAUGAGCCAGCCCUGGCAGUUGCCUUGGUGACAGAGGGAUGGGUACUGUUGUUAUUUCACGCCAUCCCAGAAACCCACCUGUGUUUGCGUCCAGCCUCUCAGAGGAAUGCAGAUAUGGGGCAAAACUACUACGACGCCCCUCAGCCCCUUGCGCCGCAGGGUUACCAUGAUGACGAGCGGCCGUCCAAUCCCAGAGCUCCGUACACAGAGAGUCAGGCGUACUCUGUAGAGGAGCACAGUGCAGUUCUGCAGGCUGGAGGUUUUCAUAACGGAUUGAUACGACCUGCUCUGCCGUUUCGCAGUCAUGUUUAUCAGCCCACUGAGAUGACCUUGCUCAUGAAUGCAGGAACAAUCCCGACGGCCCCUCCAAACUUCACCAGGAGGCAUCUGUGGUGAGAGUGGUUGCCGUGGCAAUAACAUCCUCUUCUCCCCCAUGAAGGAUUCACUUUGGGUGGAAAGUGGAAGUCAAAAGGCACUUUAAUGACGUAUUAAUCAUUUGGAAAUGCCCUUGUUAUAAUAAGGUUUUCGUUGUGGGGGCAAGCGAAUUUUGCACAAGCUGUUUAAAAUUGACGUGUGUAAAAAAUAUUUUCUCCUAACCCACUUUAAUGUGCAGAUUCAACUGUAAUAAGUGUAGCAUUCGUAGGUUAAUUCCCACAAAAAGUGUACAUACUGUGGCGCUAUCAAAACAUUGCUCUGUUUGUUUGAGCGGUCCGGCAUUUAACUUCUGGCUCUGUCAAUGGAAUGAGUUCGGGACGGGACUAUCCAGACAGGGACGGCCAGAAUGAUACACUUUGGCUUUUAAGUGGGCCGCCUUUAUAGCACAGAUUACAAGAGGUGUUACAUUUGAUUUCACUUACUCAAAAUGGCCAUUCUAAACAACCUCAGUUUAAAUUAGAUUACAUUUUAAGACAAAUCAUACACUGAAAGAGUGAAAGAAAACGGCCGAGAGUAUUAAUUAAGUCCUAGCCUUAUAGUUAAUGCAAAUAUUCCUGCAUUUCACUUUUAAAUAUAUAAUCAAAUUAUAUUACUUUCUAUAUCUCUUAUUUAAAUAGCCAAAUUAAUUUAUUUGCAUUUGUCUCUUUUUAAACUUUUGAAAUUGUAUCUUUUUUUCUGUUUGUUUUUGAUAUUACAUAAACACUCUUUUUCCAAGCUUUGCACGCUGAUUGACCGUAAUUCUUUACACAGUUGAUGCUGUACAUCUAUUGUUGUUUAUUUAUGCCAUGUUGACUUGAGAUGGUUGUAUUUCUCCCUAUAUUUGAUGUUUAUAUUUCAAAUAAAUUAUAAUAAAUA